GCAAUCAUCGAUCGGCAAUCAAUUGAACUUGAACAUGCAAGCCAAAAAAUUAUUACAUACCCCCUCCAGCGUUCACCAUAUCAAAGUCCAAACCCUAGAAAUUAAGAUAGCUGGCUAAACCAGGUAACACCAUUUUUUCCUUCCAAAAUUUCCGGCAUUUUCUAGCUCUGCCCUCUCAAGAAGUCUCUUCCUUUCCAAAAAAGUCGAAAAUCCUCCCUUCAAGCCAUUGCGGAGUUGCGGUGCAUUGACCAAAAAUGAAUAAAUAACAAAAAACAAAACUCUUACGUUGCGAUUGGAUCUGAGGCCUUUUUAGUGUUUAUUCCUCCCCCCCCUCCCAAAACAAAAGACGCAGUUCCAUCGGGACGAGAAUCCCCUUUUCUUUUCCUUUUUUUUUCCGCCCCCUUAAUAAGAAGUCAUUCUGUGUGAUUCGAUCGGAAACUCGAAGUAGUUUCUUUCUGUAAGAUAGCCGAAAGUUAGGUUUUUCUUUUUUUCUUUUUUUUUUUUUUACUUUCUAAUUAUUGUUCCCUUUGGCUUUGUGGUGGUUUUUCGAGAAUUGGGGUUUCAUAUUCUUGAAGUCUUGGGUUGCUUCAGAGUUCAGAGUCGAGUUGGUGCUGCCAAUGCCAUUGGAGUGGUUUCUAGGGAAAUUUUCGGUGGCUUUUGAGAUACCGGAGAAGUUUGAGCUCAACAAUGUCCUGGGCAGGCCCUGAGGAUAUCUACCUUUCCACUUCACUCGCCAGUUAUCUUGACAAGAAACUUCUUGUAUUGCUGAGAGAUGGUAGAAAGCUACUGGGAACACUUCGCUCUUUUGAUCAAUUUGCUAAUGCUGUUCUUGAGGGUGCCUGUGAGAGGGUUAUUGUUGGUGAUCUGUAUUGCGAUAUCCCUUUGGGCCUCUACGUAAUCCGUGGGGAGAAUGUUGUUUUGAUUGGUGAGCUGGACUUGGAAAAAGAGGAACUUCCCCCACAUAUGACACGUGUUUCAACUGCAGAAAUUAGAAGGGCACAGAAAGCAGAAAGGGAGGCUACAGAUCUGAAAGGAACAAUGAGGAAGAGGAUGGAAUUCCUGGACUUGGACUAGUAAACCCCACACUCCCUCACAUCCUUCCCUUUUCUGUCCGCAAAUAUUAUAGCGGCUGUUCUUCACUCUUUUCUUGUGUUGGUAACUGUUUAAAUGUAAUUGUAGGAAUUAGGAUAUGAUUGGACGUUGCUAAAUAUUCUUCUAUGUGAUUCCUGUUCUUUAGGGAACGCUCGUUACCAUGA